GAUAGUACUGAUAAUAAAAAUAACAAUAAUAGUAAUAAUAAUUAUCAUUAGUAGUACAGGAACGAGACAAUACGAUUAUUACAACAACGGCAAUAAUAACGAUAUCAUGAUGAAAAUGACAGUAAUGAGAGAACUACAUACCUACUGAUAAUAACAAGUACAGUAAUAUAGAUGACGAAAACAAUAUCGAUAAUGAUACUACUAUGAAUUGAUAAUAUAAUGAUGAUGAUGAUGAUAAAACGAUUGGUAACACAAAGGAAAAUAAUAUGGAGAAAUUAGAUAAUUGUAAAAAAGUUAAGUUUGAAAUCAACAUUAAUAUAAAUUAUGUUUUAGAUAGAAGGAUUCUUGCUAUACAUAAUAAUGUACAUGGAAAACGAGAAAGAGAGGUUUGCGUCAUUCUGAUAUUACUAGCGAUCAUAACCAAUUACUGUUACAGCAAACUGUUUUGACAUUUAGAGUAUGAUCACCUUGAUUGACGUAAUUGCAAUAUGACUAACGUUCGGGGCUAAUAUUAUGAAAUGGUUUCAUCUUAGAAGUUUCAUUUUUCAAAAUGGCUAAGAUUAAGAUGCUAUUAUAUUUGGUGCUACAUAGCGUCAGAACCGUAUACAAAAAUCGAUAUAUCGUAAAAAAUGCAUUAAAACAUGCGCAGAAGCAAGUCGCUAUCGAGAUCUAAGCCUUGGCGCUAUAUUUCAUUAGACAGACAUAUGAUACCUAUGAAUAUCAUCGAAACGUUUAAAAUUCGUAAUAAACGAUCAGACUUCUAAAAUCGAUAGCAGGAAGAAUAAAUACAAAACUAGGCUACUUUCAGCCCAUAACAGGACGCGUUGAGUUCCACAAGAUGCAAACCUGAUACACUUGUGAGGUGAAGGUUCCUUUUCCCACAUUUUUCUAUAGGAAUGUCUGGCGAGUGAGAGGCUCGGCAGGACGUUGACGCACACCGAGUCCGCCGAGAGAGGACUCGGCUGAGGUGAAGGCGUCACUCUGAGUCUCAGUUGAGCCACAGCAGUUGGAGGGAGUGGGGGUGUUAUGCUGCGCGGAGUACUCGGGUGACACUGAUUACAGAUGACAGAUGAUUUCUCGAGGACGUCAGUUGUAUUUCACAUUACCAUUGACAUCUGGAUAAGGAUCACACAAAGAAAGAUCGUGAAGGCAACGACGCUGAAUGGUCGCUGAGAUCAUCGGCGCUGCACUUUCAGCCGAGCCAACGUCGUAACUGCCGCAGCCAAUUUGUUUCUACGGUAACAGGUGGAAAUGGCGCGGGUGACGAGGAUGAACUUUCUCGCUCUGGUAACGGCUGCCAUCAUCGUCUUCUGUGUGACUCCUGGACAUGGAUUGGAGUGCUUCCUGUGCAGUUACUCCCCCCGUGGCAACAGCUCCCGCAUGGACGGCUGCACGGACGCCAACUUCACGGAGGACCUGACGGAGACUCGCACCUGCGCCAUCGGAUGCGAGUCUGUUGCUGUUUAUGAUCUCAACGGUGAACUCGAAAGCUUCCAUCGUAACUGUGCAACAAACAGCACAAUCAUAACCAACUCCUGCGAAACCUACAAGACGAUUGUGCUCACUCGACACGUGUGCUCUUGCAACUGGUCAUACUGCAACGUUGUCAGCGACAGUGGUCACAUGAUUACUUCAACUUUCUGGCUGAUUUUUGGACCAUCAUUAGCUUGCUUGGUUUUCGCACUGUGAACUGUGAGAUGAAGUACUUAAUUAUGUUAUAGUGCUUAAUUCACAGAAUGUAAAUGGGAGAUGUGCAAGGACAUCUGGCAUGAUUAUACUUCUAAAGGCGGAAAGUCACGGUGGUUUUGCCACAGUUAACGCAACAUUGGGAGAGGCGUACCUGUAUUUUUAUCUGCCGAAAUAUCAUUUCGUUUUUACAAUUACAUUUCGUAGGUAUAUUGAGAAACAAAGCAUGGUAUACCUAUUGAAAGAACUCUGUGUAAAAAAUAAAUUGUUGCAACUAAGAUGAAAUCCAAUGGAUAUGCAGGAAAGUAAGCUCCCGCGAACAAAAAGAAUUCAGUGGAUGUGAUGAAAACACUACUCUUUUCUAAUUGAGUACAACUCGUGUGUUCAAGUUAAAUUAAUUCAAUUCUUAAUAAUGAUUGCUAAAAGCUCAUGUAAUUAUCACAAGUUUUUCCUUUGUCUUCUUAACAGAAUCAUAGUUCCUGUUAUAGGUUUUACCUAGUACAUAUAUUUUACCAAAAAGUGAUUUGUAUGAAAGAUCCAUUAGCAUAAAUGUAAAACGAAUAAUUGUAAUGUUCUGCAUCGCUUGAUAAUGGGUUGAUGCAAGGUUUUCAUAUUUCUAAUAAAUACUGCAUGAAAUGUUUUCUUACGCUUAAGCAGUGUUGCAUAUUCAGACAACAUAAAGGUAAUUAAUGGCAAUAUGUUUGGAUAGUUUACAGUACAAUGUUAAUGACACAGACAGACAGACAAACAGAGACACAGAGAGUGAGUGAAUGAGAAUAACAAGCACAGGGAAUCACGGUAGUCACUAACACUGCUUGGUGGUGUAUCGGUUGUUUAUAGGAUAUUUAGGUAUGAGAUGAUUGGCAGGUACACAGAGACACUGUGAAAUGUGGGAGAUCCUGAGGCAGCAGGCUCCUGGAGAGUGUUCUGGGUGUUAGUAUCCUUGGUCAUUGCUACUUGUCGGGAAAGGAAAUUAUAAAAAAGAGAGA